AUGUUCAUCUUCCUGAGCAAGAAGAUCGCCAUCCCCAACAAUGUCAAGCUGCGGUGCGCGUCGUGGAACUCGGAGCAGGGCUGGAUCGCGUGCGGCGGGCAGCACGGCCUGCUCAAGGUGCUGCGGCUCGAGUCGGCCGCGCAGACGGACGGCAAGGGCCCGCGCGGCAUCGCGGCCGCCAGCAACCUCACCAUGAACCAGUCGCUCGAGGGCCACAACGGCGCCGUCGUGUGCGCCACGUGGAACGCCAACUUCAAGAAGCUCACCACGAGCGACGAGAACGGGCUCAUCAUUGUGUGGGUGCUGCACCGCGGCAUGUGGUACGAGGAGAUGAUCAACAACCGCAACAAGAGCGUGGUGCGCGAUAUGAAGUGGACCACCGACGGCCAGAAGAUCUGCAUCGCCUACGAGGACGGCGCCGUCAUCGUCGGCUCCGUCGAUGGCAACCGUCUCUGGGGCAAGGAGAUGAAGACGCAGCUAGCCUUCGUGGAGUGGUCACCCGACGGUAAGUCGCUGCUGUUCGUGACCAAGGACGGCGAGGUGGCAGUACACGAUGCCAUGGGCAACAAAGUGAGCAACUUGACGCUGUAUGCUGUGGAGUCACGCGGCGGUGGCAACGACUACAAGAUCAUCGGCGUGCACUGGUACGACGGUAUCGAGGGCCACAUCAGCCAGGAGGCACCCACGUUGGCCAUUGCGUUCCGCGACGGCAAAGUGCAGAUUACUCGUGGCAGGUUUGACGAGAACGCGGUGCUUAUCGACACUGGGAUGGAGUUAACCCAGGUGAGGUGGAACAACGACGGCAGCGUCAUCGCCCUGGCCGGCACGCAGGUCGACAGCUCAGCGUCGAAGAGCGACGCGCCCAAAGAGUUCAAUGUUGUGCAGUUCUACGACCCGUUUGGCCGCCACUUGCGCUCGCUUCGCGUUCCAGGGAGUCGUAUUGAAGCGCUGGCGUGGGAAGGAACGGGUCUCCGUAUCUGCCUGGCCGUAGAUUCACACAUCUACUUCGCCAAUAUUCGACCCGCGUACAAGUGGGGAUUCUACGCUAAUACGCUGGUCUACACGUACAACCGAGCGGACCAGAUCGAGAACUGCGUCGUGUUCUGGGACACAAAGUCCGAUGAGCGCUGCACCAAGUACAUUCGCGGACUCCUUGCGAUCAAAGCGGCGGGGGAUAACUGCGUGCUGGUGACCAAGAUUUACAAUGAAGAUAUGGGCACAGGCGAGGUCAACGGGCAGCUCGUGGAUGACGAGCAGGGAGUGUUCAAGGAGAUCCAGUACCAGUUGAUCCUUUGCGACACGAUCGGAUCUCCUAUCGAGAGCAAGAUCAUCGACUUCGAGCCGAUUUUCGUUGCUAUGACAUCGCGCCACAUUGUUGCAGCUUCAACCGAUGCCAUUUACGUCUGGCAGUACAAGAAUUCCAGCGCCAAGCUGACGGGUUUAGUAUCCGGCAACGGCUCGAAUCAAGACGCGAUGGAUGUCAGCACAAUCUCGCAGCUAUUGCAGCGAGGAGGUGGUCGUGAAAAGGCCUUUUACAUCGAUGAGACGCAGGGCAACGACGUUGAGCACUUCCGCUACGUUGCUCGCCAAUUGGAAGACCCGAUCUGCGCGAUCUGUGCCUCGGACAGUUGGAUUUUCGCAGCUCGAGCCAGCGGUUUGAUCCAUUGUUUCACGCUGCCUCACAUCUCGCUGGAGAUGAAGUACAUCGUAAACUGCCGCCCGCAGUUCCUCGCCCUCAACUGCAACUCGACCUUGCUCAGCGUCAUUGAUAUCAACGGGUUGCUGACUAUCAUGGAAGUCGGGGCUGCUGGGAGUCUAAACACCACGCAGGGGAAGAUGCUGAACUUCGAGAAGAAGGAUGCGUGGGAUGUCGUGUGGGCCGAGGAUAACCCGGAGCUGUUCGUGAUGAUGGAAAAGGCCCGGAUGUACGUGUAUCGAGGUCUCGAGCCUGAAGAACCCGUGUCGUCGUCUGGGUAUCUCUGUUACUACAAGGAUCUGCAAGUGAAGGCUGCACUGCUGGACGAAAUUCUUGCGAAUCCAGAACAACCCGACAAGAACAUGGUGAUCGAGUUCCAGACGCGAUCGUUGCGUGAUGCUAAGGCUCUAUUGGACAACGUGGGGCUCGCUGAAGCGUGCGAAUACAUCCAGGACCACCCGCACCCGCGGCUGUGGUCCCUCCUGGCAGAAGCUGCAUUGGAUCAGUUGGAUUUCGGGAUGGCUGAGCGAGGUUUUGUCAAGUGUGGAGAUUACAGCGGCAUCCAGUACGUCAAGCGCUUGCAGCUGCUGAACGAUCGCGUCAAGCAGAAGGCUGAGGUUGCUGCUUACUUCCAAAACUUUGACGAAGCGGAGGCGCUUUACCGUAAAAUUGAUCGCAAAGAUCUGGCUAUCGACCUGCGUCAAAGACUCGGAGAUUGGUUCCGCGUGGUGCAGCUCGUCCAGUCGGGCGGAGGCAACGAUGACUUGCUGACUCAUGCGUGGAAUAUGAUCGGCGAAUACUUCUCGGAUCGCCACAAAUGGGAAAAAGCAAUCAAAUACUACGCGCAAGCUAAGAACACGAGUGCGCUGGUGCAGUGCUACUACGCAUUGGGUGACUUCAAUCAGCUCGAAGCUCUCGUGAACGACAUCCCUGAGAGCUCUCCUCUGUUGAAGGAAAUGGCCAUCAAGUUCACACGAGCAGGCCUUUGCCAGUCUGCAGUGGAGACUUACGUCCGGAUGGGGGACGUCAAGUCCGCUAUCGAUUCUUGCGUUCUCUUGAACGAGUGGGAACAAGCUGUUGGUCUUGCUGAGCAGUACAACUUCCCCCAAAUCGAAAACGUGCUGACGAAAUACGCGAAUCAUCUCAUGAUGAACGGCAAAACACUGCAAGCGAUUGAGCUGUACCGUCGAGCAAACAAAAGUACGGAGGCAGCGAAAUUGCUGGCGAAGCUUGCCAAAGAAGUUGGGAAGAACCCACUGCGCGCCAAGAAGUUACACGUCCUAGCAGCGUUUGAAGUGGAGCGGAUGCGGAAGAAGAUGCUGGACAUGUCCAAUUUGACCUCCAUGAAAGGCACGACGGCAGCUCAAGUGACCGCGCAGACGCUGGAAAGCCUCGUGCAGCAUGAUGCGGCGACGGGUGAGGACCGCUCCUUGGACAAUCCUUGGCGAGGCGCCGAAGCCUACCAUCUCUAUCUUCUCGCCCAUCACCAGCUAUACACUGGUCGCAUCGAACGAGCCUUGCGCACCUGCCUCAAGCUGUCGGCGUACGAGGACAUCCUCGAAGAGCGCGAGAUCUACUCACUUAUUGCUCUCACCGCGUUCUACACCAAGCACUACGAACAAUGCUCCAAGGCCUUCGUCAAACUGGAGACGCUCCCUGGUCUUGAUGAUAAGGAGCUGCAAGCGAUGAGCGAGCUCGCCCUCAAGAUCUUCACGACCACGCGCACAGAGCACCAAGACCCGACCAUGCGCCCCCAGGAGUGCCCCAACUGCCGCAGCCACGUCAAAGAAUGGGAUUCACGCUGUGGCACUUGCAGUCGUCCGUUCCCGACGUGUAUGAUGACGGGGAUGUCCAUCCAGUCCCAGAGCACGAAGACGUGCAAGGCCUGCCGUCACGUGUGCAUUGAAACCGAGAUUCGCGAUCAGAAGAACUGCCCCCUGUGCCACACCCCGUUCUCCUUCUAUGACGAGGAGGUAGAAGAGGACACAGGGCUGACUGAGAACCAAAACCGACUAUUGUAUCUGGUGUCGCUGUAUUCGAAGCCUGCCAUUCGGGCCUCCGACAAGGAAGAGUGGAUCCGCAAGCCUGCGCUUCUGGUGUUGCUCUACGAAGCGAUUGUAUCGAAGGCCCUUGACUAUGACUACGCGCCAUCCUCUGAGCUUAUUGAGAACAAGCGCAAGUACUUCAAUAUCUCUCAAGAAGGCAAGUCCGACCUCGAUUUCUUACGUGAGGAGGAUCUGGUGAAUGGCCUCAAGCUGUCGUCCAAAAGCUACCAGCCAGUGACCUGCUUUCAGAUCUCCGAAAAGGGCCUCGAAAUUGUGGCGAAGAUCAGCAAGACGGACAAGUUAGCAGUUAACGAUAUGGCGUACGCACCCGGAACACUGCACUUGUUGCGUGUGGAAUGGGAUGGAGAGGAAUACUGGCUGGUGGAUGACGAAAGCGGGUACCGGCGACUGUCGUCUGUGACCGAAACUGAGGACGUAUCGUACGUUUCCAGUGCCUAUAUCCCGCAGUGCCUACGCUUCGGUGGUCGGCCGACGCUCAGCAAUGCACAUCGCGCCCAUGAGUGUGGCGUGAGCGACUCUAGUAUCCGAGACCAGCUUGACGAGAUCAUCACGCUCAAUUCAGUGUCACUUAUCGUGGCCGAGUACAUUCCUUUCGGCUCCAAUCAAGUUGUACAACUGAACUGCAACCUGGGAUCAACCGAGCGAGUGCAGGGCGGGUUUUUCACUGCGAUCGUUGACGAUAAUGCGAGUGGCACCCAGAUCUCCGUUGAUCCUGGUCUCACUUCGAUCAAUAUUUUAGACUACACGAUGACAAACCACGUGAACUUCGAGGCGGACAUCCACUUCCCCGAAGCUCCCGGGGUUGUACAGGUAGAAACGUUUGGCUGUUCACUCACGGCCGCAGGCUCUUGUCUGUACGGGAUGCAGGUCGAAGCCAUCAUGGAUCGAAUCAAAGACAACAUUUCGCUUGAUCACUUGUCUCGACUGCUCGUGGAUGUGCACAUGGACUCGUCCAAGAUUGUCGACAGCGUUCUGUCAGCAUACCAACGCGCGCUACUGGGGCUCAUCUUCUCGAACCAAGCAGCCAGUCGCAACAAGAUCAAUCUCAUCAUCGCCAACGAGAUCACGCCGCAUUUGACAGCGGAAGAGUACAUGGAUAAAGGCGAGUACGAGAACGAGCUGAAACAGGUUAUUGGCGAUACCCGUGCGGCUUUCGACAUUAGCGAGCACGACACGCUCGUCUUUGGAGCGCAUGGCCUCCUGAUCGCCGGUCCCAAUAGCAGACACCACGAGCCUCUUCUCUGCAGUUUCCUCCAGUACGAAUCCAUGAACCUGUUCACACAGAACUUCUUCGCGCGCAUGUUCAUCAUCGUGGAUGACAUGGCCCAAGUACGCAAGCUUAUCGAGACAGCAGAAAAGGAUCCGAAUAGGCUCCGAGAAAUUCGAAAUCGACUUGCGGUGCUCUCCAAGGAGAUCAUUAUGAUGGAGGAAACGCUGAGCUACUUGAAGGAAUCGCUGGACGAAGCUAUUGUGCCAGCGGAGCCACCGGAGCAGGCAGGGCGGAGUCUGUACGAGCGACUUCAGCUCGGAAUUCUGAGCAACCAGCUCAAGCGACGAGUCAAAGACCUGCACAAGAACAUGGGCGGAGCUCGCCAUGAGAUGUCGGUGCUGAACGAGAUGGCGAACAUCGUGUCGAGUGAAAAAGAUUUCCAGCAGAACGAGGCGAUACGGAUGCACACGCGAACGUUGUGUGAGCUUCAAGAAGUGAACGAGCGGGCAGCGUCGACGUUGCUGAUUAUGAAAAUGAUGUUGAGUGGGCUACUGGCGUUUAAUAUUCUGGAUCGAGUCACCGGAGACUGGACUGUGACCGACACCGACUGGAUCAAAAGCUUUGUGGAGGUCAUGAUCUACAAUAACCCGGGGCUGUGGUUCUUUUUCAGCCUUCUCGCGUGGGUAAUUGUGGGCGGCGGCAUGCUGUACUUGCUGCGAUACAUGAGCUUCAAGUCGCAGGGCGUCGUAUCGAUCAAAGUCGAGCGGAAAGCGCCUAUACAGCUCAAAAACCUCACCAGCUACCUGCGGAACAAGAUCCUCGAUAACGAGACCCACCACUACGAAGGGGGGAUUCGCGUGGCCAAAGUGGUCUGGAGGGAGAAGGACAAGAAGGAAUGGGGCGGUACAGUUCCGUCGAUUGAGCUGGAGUACGACGAGGAGAACGCGUUCAUGCUGCGGAUGGCAAUCUCGUACAAAAAGCGGCAGGCUGCUAAGGCGCUCGCUUUUAACGCCGACGAGCUGUACACGCGCUUGAUGCAGGAGCUCGACAAGGCCCGGAUCUUCGUAGACGCCGACAGCAGCGCCGCGACGAAAGCGUCCAAUUCAUCGGCCGCCGCCCUGCCACCUUCCAAGUCGCCAAAUAAGAAGGAAGAGACCACGUCACCGCCCUCGGCACCUACGUAA